AUGAAUCAGGUACGAUCAAUUCAGAAGUUGAGCGAAAGAGAGCUAGAAUGUGGAAUUUUGGAGCCAGAAAAAUCGUGGCAUCACCAGUACAAAGACCAGGCAUACAUUAAUUUCGGAGGGAUGCACCAGGAGUUGACAGAAGGAGAUAUUUUAACUAUAUUCUCGCAGUAUGGGUGUCCCGUUGACAUCAAGCUUGUUAGAGACCAGAAUACGGGGGAUUCGAAGGGUUUUGGAUUUCUCAAGUACGAGGACCAACGAUCAACUAUUCUUGCGGUAGAUAACUUGAACGGAUCCCGGAUUUGUGGAAGGGUGAUUCGAGUUGAUCAUGCGUUUUACAGGCCCAGGGAUGGUGAAGAAGAAUAUGAGGAGGCGGUGAAGCGUGAAUUGGAAAAUGAUUUAGUGGUGCCCGGAAAAGGCUCAGAUACAGAUAAGCGAUCAGAACCAGAACCAGGCCCCAUGCCUGGCUCAGACUCAGCGGAUGAGUUUGCAGAUCCAAUGGCAGCGUUCCUUAAAAAGUGA